AUGGCAUCGACAUCUCAACCCAACCAUCCUUCACACUAUGGUCCAUCAGACACUGCAUUGCUUCUUCUGGACUAUCACAAUAUCAUACUCUCUACAAUUCCAGUAGAGGCGGAGAAGGAAAAGCUGGUCAAGUCUACGCAGACACUUCUGGCAGCCGCAAGGGAGAGCAAGGUACCGAUCCUACAUUGUCUGAUCGGGACCUCUAGGAACCCACUGCCCACAAGCAAACUCGUGGCUCGCUGGGAGGAAUCAUUCAAGCCGGCCAUCCAAUCGAACCCCGAGCUCGCUCUGCAAAUUUCCAGCUUGGCUGGCGACCAGAGCUCCGACACGGAGUACUUUUUCGACCGGGUGCCAGGCCGGGUGUCGGCGCUCAAGUCCGAAGGCAUCAUGGAGCUGCUCAAGGACAAGCUCGGGAUCAAGAGCCUCGUGCUCGGCGGCGUGGUCUCUAGCGGCUGCGUGCUCAGCACGGCCCGGAACGCGGCCGACGAGGACUUUGUCGUCACGGUCGUCCCGGAUGCGUGCUGGGACCGCGAGGCCGAGGUACACAGGACCGUCAUGGACAAGAUUAUCCCCAUGACGGGUCAUACCGUUAGCAUUGAGGAGGCGGUCAACAUUUUCAAGGGAAGCGGCGCGUCGGGAUAG